CUUACUCCAUCGUCGAUAUUAGGAACAAGGAUUUGGAGGGCUGAGAUUAAUUUUAAGCUACCUUAAUAAUUAGGCUUCAUAAUAAGUUCAUAGUAUAUUUCAUCAUUUCUAAAAUAAACCCUAAUUCCAAUCGCCGUCUUCUUUCCGGAACCACCAAUUUACUUAGCAUCAUUUCAAGAUCGUGAUAGGACACACUCAUCAUCAUCAUCAUCAUGUCGUUGUUUUACAAGGAAGAUAAGAUUCAAAUCCGUGAGGUGUGCUCCGACAAUCUAGAAUCAGAGAUGUCUCUGAUCCGAGACGCCGUGGAUGAUUUUCCGUUCGUCGGAAUGGUGUGCAGACCACUAGCCGUCGGCGAUUUCCCAGGAAUCGUGUUAGGUAAUUUCAAUAACCUAGCCGAGUACAACUACGAAACCCUAAAAACGAACGUCAACAAUGUCGAAACGCUUCAGCUCGGACUCACUCUCUCCAACGAGAAUGGAGACCUCCCAACUUGUGGGACUGGCAAAUACUGUAUCUGGCAGUUCAAUAUCCGCGACGCCGUCGCUGAAAACAACCAAACCGGUAUAGAUCCCGAAGAAUUCGUUAAGCUUAUGAUGUCUCCAGGGACUGUGUUGAACGAAAACGUCCACUUGGUUACAUUCCACGGCGGAUACGAUGUCGGGUACUUGCUCAAGCUCCUCACUUGUCAGAAUCUUCCAGAGACGCAAUCGGGGUUCUUUCAGAUGAUCAGUUUGUAUUUCCCUAGAGUUUACGACGUCAAACACUUGAUGAAGUUCAGCAACGGUGUUUAUGGAGAUCUCAACUAUUUGGCUGAGCUGCUCGAUGUCGAGAGAGUUUGGAUUGAUCACCAGGUCGGAUCAGACUGCUUGUUGACGUCGUGUACAUUCAGGAAGCUGCAGGAGGUUUUCUUCACUGGUUCUUUGGAUAAAUAUUCUGGUAUUUUUUUUGGAUUAGGUGUUGUGACCAAUGGUUAGUUUUCAUGGAAGACAAAAAUUGAGUGUGUGUCUGUGUGCUAUGUUUGCUUCUUCGUUAUGUUUUUACCACGCUUUGCUUCAAUGUUGUAUUGGCUACGACACCCAAAUGUUGGAAGGUUGAAAUUGAUUGGGGUUUUGAGUAUCACCAUUUGGUAUGUCAA